AUGAUUCGCCGUGUGCUCUUUGGCUUUCGUGUGUUGAACCGCUUGGAGUUACUUUGGAGCAAUGAAGGCAUGGUCUUAGUGAUGCCAGCGUUCCCCGGAGUGGAGGUGCGCAAGAGUCGAUCUCGACCCUGGACAAAGACCAUUGAAAAGAUACAUACGACCUUGAAGUCCUCUGUCAAGGCAGCAGAAACAACAUGCGACCAUCCCUACUCAUUGGCUGGGUGGGUGAAUUUGUUGGACAUCGAGCGAUAUCGAAAAGUUGGACCCCGUCAACGCGUGCGUGAGCAUCGCUGUGGUGGGCAGCUAGUGAAGGGGAAGAGAUGCAAAUCCUUAGCUUUCAUCAGAGGCUGUGGUGGCAUGAGGCACUGGGAAUAUGCUCUGGAGUGUGUGAUUUGCAAUCGACCUGAUCUUCGUCAAGCCCAAUUGUUGGAUUGGAACAUGGCUUGGGUGCAGAAGGCUCCUAUCCUGGCCUUUCGUUCCGAACUGGCAGAGAUGCGGCAAGGCAUCAAAGCGAUUGAGAAUAAAUCCAUGUCCCCGGUGCUGGGGAUGGAUUUUGCCGUCAAGCCGAAAAACAAAUGAAGAGUGGUGGCAGAAUGGACCAGGCUUCAUGGUCACUCUCAAGAGUUUCUCCUGAGGGUUUUGCGUUCAAAAGCGUAAAGCAGAGCGUUGAAGGGGAUUCGUUAUUAGAUAUGAUAUGACAUUCAUGUGGUGAUUUGUGCGCAAGAGUUGGCGAUUUACUGUGUAGUAUUUGUGAACAAGGUCUUUUCUUCAAUUGCAAUUACUACAUACUGGCAAUGCCUUUGUUACCAGUAGCUUCUUGUUACUAGUACUAAUGCCAGGAGCUACUCGUAGCGUCCUUGCUCCUAAUAGCGAUGCCCUUUGCUACUAGUAGCUUCUUGUUAGUAGUAGUAAGGCAAGGAGCCCCUAGUAGCUUCUUGCUCCUAGUAGCGUCCUUGCUCCUAGUAGCGAUGC